UUUGUCUACAAGUAUAAGUGUUUUUCCUUUUUCAUUUGACUGUUAUCCAAACGCUGCAACAACACUUGAACUACUUCAUUGGAGCCGGUUAUACGAUCUUUCGCUCUCGGUCUCGCUCUCCUCUUCUGAUCUCCUCUCACUGGAGCCCUUCAAUCCGGGGUUUUGCCCACUUUCGCGAUAUGGAGGAGGAUCCAUAUGGGUCUUCGCCGGCUGCGGAGAAAAAGCAUGGUGUGACAAAGCCAAUAUCGCUUGCCGGGCCAACCGAGGCUGAUUUUCAACAAAAUGCAGAGUUGGAAAAGUUUUUGAUUGUUUCGGGGCUUUAUGAGAGCGAUGAAGAUGCUGCGAGAAGAACAGCAGUUCUUCAGCGCAUUGAUGAGAUUGUGAAAUGUUGGGUGAAGCAAUUAACCCAUCAGAGAGGUUACACAGAUCAAAUGGUAGAAGAUGCAAAUGCUGUCAUAUUUACUUCUGGGUCAUAUCGCUUGGGGUUAUACGAGCCUGGGGCUGACAUGGAUACCUUGUGUGUUGGGCCGUCUUAUGUGAAUAGAGAGGAAGAUUUCUUUAUUAUAUUGCAUGAUGUGCUGGCUGAAAUGGAAGAAGUUACUGAGCUUCAACCAGUUCCAGAUGCUCAUGUUCCAGUAAUGAAGUUUAAGUUUCAGGGAAUAUCAAUUGAUCUUCUUUAUGCAAGUAUAUCACUUUUGGUUGUACCAGAAGACUUGGAUAUCUCAAAUGGAUCUGUUCUCAGCAAUGUUGAUGAGCAAACUGUUCGAAGUCUUAAUGGUUGUAGAGUUGCAGAUCAAAUUCUGAAACUUGUUCCAGAUGUCAAGCACUUUCGCAUGGCACUCAAAUGUUUGAAGUUUUGGGCUAAGAGGCGCGGUGUUUAUUCAAAUGUUACUGGAUUUCUUGGUGGUGUAAAUUGGGCUCUUUUAGUUGCUCGGGUUUGCCAGCUUUACCCCAAUGCAAUUCCCAGUAUGCUGGUUUCUCGAUUCUUUAGAGUUUAUACACAAUGGCGUUGGCCAAACCCUGUGAUGCUAUGUCCAAUAGAAGAGCACGAACUUGGAUUUCCUGUAUGGGACCCUCGAAAAAACCCUGGGGAUCGAACUCAUCUUAUGCCAAUUAUAACUCCUGCAUACCCUUGCAUGAAUUCUACCUACAAUAUCUCUACAAGUACUCUUCAGGUUAUGAUGGAUCAGUUUCAUCACGGUAACAAGAUCUGUGAGGAGAUUGAGCUGAACAGAGCCCUGUGGAGUGCUCUGUUCGAGCCGUAUCUGUUUUUUGAGGCAUAUAAAAACUAUCUGCAGAUGGACAUAAUUGCAGCAGAUGCUGAUGAUUUGCUAGCUUGGAAAGGCUGGGUGGAAUCUCGGCUUAUACAACUUACUUUGAAGAUAGAACGGGACACAUAUGGCAUGUUGCAGUGCCAUCCUUAUCCAAAUGAAUAUGUAGAUGCUUCCAAACCAUGCCCACAUUGUGCUUUUUUCAUGGGCUUACAGAGGAAACAAGGGGUAAUAGUUCAAGAAGGCCAGCAAUUUGAUAUACGUGGAACAGUCGAUGAGUUUAAGCAUGACGUAAGCAUGUACAUGUUUUGGAAACCCGGGAUGGAUAUUUAUGUUUCUCAUGUUCGUAGGAAGCAAAUUCCUGGUUAUGUUUUUUCAGAUGGGUAUAAACGGUCACAACCAUUGAGGCACACAACAAGCCAGCAUGUUGAAAGAACUUAUGAAGAAGAUGCUGAAAAAGGCUGCAAGUCUCGCUCUGCCGAAAAGCAGCUCAAGAAGAAAAAAGAUUCUGAAAUGUCGGAUUCAAAGACAGCUAAAGCAGAGAAGCGGGCUUCUAUUAGCCCACAGAGGCUGGGGUCUAUUUCUCCAGAAAGUUGUAUAAGUAGGUCUGGUGGAACAUCUCAGGGCAGCUUCUCUGGGGAGGUUAAAUUAAAGCCUUUGGCUGCUGGGGAUGUGGAUAGUAUUUCUGAUGAUUGGUCGUCUGGUGGGUUGUCACAGAGUAGAUGUAAUGUGGAUGGAAGUGACAAUCAGAAAUGCAUUCUUGUGAAUGAACAGAUAUUAUGUGAAUCUAAUUCACUUGGGAUCAGCUUAGAAGGGGCCAAAAUGGGAGAUUUGUCAUUAACUGAUGUGGAUUAUGCUGAGACUGGAUAUACUAAGAGAGUGCUAAACCAGAAAGAGGGUGCUGUUGUGGAUGAUGGAAGAGCUAGUGAAAUCCUGUAAGCAGAUUGCACGGGUAGAAAAUGACUUAAGCCUGUUUGGAUCAAAUUUCACAUUCAGAACCUCAAUUGCUAGGUGAGUUUCUUCCUUUCAGGAUUUUAGACUCACAUUUGGAAAAUGGGUGUUUAAAUGGGAGGAGAGUAUUUAAAAACAGCUUUGGAAGAAACAUUAGAGGUUGUGAAUCUAAGCUUCUACUUUUUUAGUUUUUCCACUUCCUGUUAUAUUUUCCAUUCUUUAACAUAUAUCAUUGUUGUUUGUGCACUGCUUUUACCCAUUCCUAUCUCUUGCUUUUUGAUAGGGUUAUCAGGACAGAGACCAAGACGUCUUUCUAGAUUUUUGUUUUGAAAAAUUUCAGAAAAAGGGUACUUUAGAUUUUUGUAGGCAUAUAGAGCCUUGUUAGCUUGCAAGUAUAGGAUCAGUCAGUGUGUCCUUCCUAUGUAAGAUGAUCUAAUGGUGAAGGAUCAGGAUAAUCGGUUGAUAUUGAAACGUUGUCUGACUACUCUCUCUCUACUUAUUUCCUUACGUUAUCUUGUUUGUUACCGAUCUUAUUUUCCUCUAUCUAAUGGUGAAGGAUCAGGAUAAUCGGUUGAUAUUGAAACGUUGUCUGACUACUCUCUCUACUUAUUUCCUUACGUUAUCUUGUUUGUUACCGAUCUUAUUUUCCUCUUGAUUUGUACUGUAUCUGACUGUUGCAUUUGGAAUGGUGAUUGAAUCCCAGAAUGGGGCUAGUUCUGA